AUGGCCCACGGCUCCAGCUGGACGAAAGACCAAGUCCUCUUUCUAAUCGUUCUAAAACUCUGCUCCAAACACCGCUGGAAGCAAACCGCGGAAAUACUACGUCAAAAAUUCCCCGGCACCACCGCCACCGCCAAGGACUGCGAGUCAAAAUUCAACAAGGAUCUGAAAAAGGUGGUUGAAAGGGACUGGAUAGAGAAAUUCAAGGCGGACGCUGUCAUCCCCCAGGAAGAAGCGGGGCGGAGGGUGAUUGCACAGUUGGUCGUCUGGCUUGGGGAGAUGAAUGCUGAGGAUCGGGUGGUAUAG